ACAUUGGAAUAUCGUUUAUACUUCAUUACUUCAUUUGGUAGCGGUACUCAACUACUCACAGACAGUCACUCAGUAACCGUAGAGACGCGCCACAAAACAGACGUGUCGUAAGUUAGUUUACUGGUUCAUAUAAAUGCGUAAUACUCAAGACAAACAAUUUUAUAAACAUGACAACUAAACCAGAAGACUCUACGAAAUAUGUAGAAGAAUUGAAAGAAUGGAUCAACCGACAACCUCAUCUACCAAAAAAUUUGGGUAAUAAUCUCCUGCUCCGGUUCGCACACAGCUGUUACUAUGAUUUGGAAAAAACGAAGAAAACUGUGGACAUGUUUUUUACUGUUAGAGGAGCAUGUUCCGAUCUCGUCACCAACAGAGAUCCCCAGUCGGCCCAUAUGCAGAAAGUUAUGAAAAUUAUAAACCUCAGUCAAUACGGUAUAUCCGGCAACAGAUGGCUCUGGGUCUGGCAGCUAAAUGAUCCGGGCUUAGAAAAUUACGAUUAUAUAUCGGAUGUCAAAUUUUUUUUCUUGAGUACUGACUCUAAUUUCCUCGUGAGUGACAAUUUACCUGAAGAAGAUAUAGUCAUGAUGGACGUCAAGGAUAUAACACUGAGAUUGCUAACGAAGAUUAAUCUCUCCGUAGCGAGAAGACUGGCGAAAUAUCAGGAGGAAGCAAUGCCCAUCAGACUGAAACAGAUUCACGUAGUGAACGCCCCACCAUUCAUAGACAAAAUAUACGGAGCUUUAAAACCUUUCAUCAAGAAAGAGAUCACGGAAAUGAUACAUUUCCAUCCGCCAAAGUCGGACACAUUAUAUAAGUAUUUGAGCAAAGAUGACCUGCCAUCCAACUAUGGUGGCACUCGACCUUCUAUGGCCGAACUCAAGGAAGAAGUCAUUGAAAAUAUCGCAAGGAAUCGAGAUGCAUUGUUAGAUGAAACUUUAUGGAGACUCGUUGAUAAGAAGAAGGCCGAAUCAUCCAUCGAUUCCGGAUCGUUCCGAACGCUCGCUAUCGACUAAAGUAUAAUUAUUCCGUAUUUGUAUCUAUCGAUAUAUCUUGGUAUUUAAGAUUCUGGCUGUGUUAAAAUAUCUGCACAAACAUCCGGUAUGUGAGUGGAAGAUAGAACUAUGCUGAAAAUAUUCAAUUACCUGUAAUGCAUUAAUUUGUGAACAUCGAAACAUUUCGUAAUCGUAAUAAUGAUUAAAAAUGAAUGAAACUUUUAACAUUUGAAAGGCAUUGCGCCAGAGACAUGCUCAAAUAUAAAUAAGCACUUGUGUAAAUGAAGUUAAGUGACUAAUGUAUCUAUAUUAAAAAUAAUAUUAAGUUUUGUAUAGACUAUAUAAUUACAGCAA